CAUCAAAAAGGAUGAACCAAAUAAAGUGUGCUGCUUCAUCAAUGGUACAAUAAUCAAAUUAAGAAAGCAGAAUACCUAUUUUGCACUGACUUAUAGUGUUAAAUUCUAAUAUAUAGACAGUGCCAUGGAGAUAGUGUAGUUGUAGAAAACAACAGUCAUGUUCCUUGAACUAUUUUGAUCACCAUGUUAUUUCUUAAAGUAAUUUAUCUCUUUCAAGUCUCUCAUGGUUCUACCUUUUGCUGCAGCAUUCACUACUUUGAAUUGUGCCAAUUUUAGUUAUAAUGCUUUAACUCAUCUUGGAGAAAAUGCUGCUUUGUACUUAAUUUGUUCUACCUAUUGUCCUCCUUUCUUUGGAAUUGCUAGGCUCAGAGGAGUAAACUGGAAAGAUGUUUUAUGCUAAUGCUUAAUCCCCAGAAUAAUACUGUGAUGCCAUUUUCUGACCAUAGAGUUUGAUUUUGAUUAACACUAAUGUUAUGUUGAUUCUGUUAGCUGUGGAUGAGCAGAACAAAGUGGAGAAGUGGAUAACGUCUAGAAACAAUGUCCACUGGAUAUAUCUUGUGUUUAUAUACAGCAUAGCAUUUGGCAACCAAGACAAAAUUUUAAGAUGCUAGCUGAAUUGGUGAAUUUUUCUGCUUUUGUUAUGAUUAUUUGUAUAUUGAUUAUAAUUUUCUUCCUGGUUAUCUAUUGCAGAACCUGUGAGAUCUGUGGAUCAACUGCACGCAAUGUUGUCGGUGCAAAUGAGGCUGACUUGACAGAGCAAUGGAAUGAGACAAAUGAUUCCACCACAUCAACUCAAGUUCCAGUCCUGGUGCACCCCACAGAGACCCGAAACUUUUGGCAGGGCCAUCAGUUCCUGAAUUUCCUGCUUGCCUGUGUGGUCUUCGCCUUUGUCAUCUCUUGGCUCUUUCACUUCAAUGUACCCUCAUGAAAUCCCAUAGCAAAGGCAAUGUCCUUUCUAUCGGAUAUGAUGAUUGAGAAGUAUACUUCUGAGCACUUGUGCAGGUACAUUCCCUGUACCAUUACAUUGUGUUGGUUCCUUCCUCACUACCAGAAGUACUUAUUUCUCAAUUUUCAUCCUGUACAUAUUCACUAUCAGAUGUUGAACAUCUUUUAUAUUAUCUGUUGUGCUAUUGUUGGAUCUAUUCCUUACAACCUGGAACGAUAUAGUUGUUGUAACUUGUACUUGCUUUCACCGUAAUGCAGUCUUCUUUUUAU